AAUAAAAACCUGAUCCUAACGGCAAUUUUCCUGCGUCUUCCUCCUCCUCCUCCUCCUCCGCUUCGUCUCCACCUCCCCUUCUCGGGGCGAUGUAGAGCGACCAUGGAGAUCCUUAGCCUCAAACCCUACUUUAUGGUUUCCUCCUCCCUUCUCUACCAAAACCCUAGCUUCGGCAAAUCCAAUCUCUUCUUCCCCAAACCCUACUCCAUUCCCUACUCCAAGCGCGCACUCACCAUCCCCGUCUCCUCCUCCAAUCCCGGGAUAAACACCCCAUCAGAAACCCUAGAGACGCAGUCCGGUGUAAGCUCCCGUCCUUUUACUCCUUUGUGCCUGCUCUUCGCUAUAGUCCGCUCCCUCGGGGGUUUCGUCCGGUCCCGUGCGCCCAAACUGCGAGCUUGGCUAUGUGGCGGGCGAGNGUACGCGCUCUCCGGCGGCGGGGGCGGGAUCGGGGUGAUGCUGAUGAGCACCACCACGGCGGCGGCGGCGGCAUCCAAGUCCCGGGUGAGUCCGCACCUGUGGGCGCUCGCCGGGAACCCGACCUUCGUGUCUGGGCUCGUGGCGUGGGCGCUGGCGCAGACCAUGAAGCUGUUCCUCAACUUCUUCGUGGAGCGGAGGUGGGACCUGGCGAUGCUCUUCAGCUGUGGCGGCAUGCCGUCGUCGCACUCGGCGCUGUGUAUGGCGCUCACGACCUCGGUUGCGCUGUGCCAUGGGGUUGGGGAUUCGCUGUUUCCUGUUUGCCUUGGUUUUAGUCUCAUAGUUAUGUAUGAUGCCAUCGGGGUCCGGCGGCAUGCGGGGAUUCAGGCAGAGGUACUCAAUAAGAUAGUUGAGGACUUGUUUCAAGGGCACCCCAUCAGUGAAAUAAAGCUCAAGGAGCUCCUAGGUCACACUCCAUCGCAGGUUAUCGCGGGGGCUUUCCUAGGCAUCUUGGUUGCUUGUUUUAUUUGUCAGGGCUGUAUUGUCAUCUGAUUUGCUCUAUCAGGUACUUCGGAAGCCCAUAUUUUUGUUCUGCACAAAUUUUUUGCUCAUCUUGUAAUCACGAUUAAUCAAAGUCUAACAGAUAUUAAUCGGCUUUUUUGACUUCUUGUGGUGGCCGUAAUUUCAUGGCUAAUUUCCAAUAACCUUAUUAAUCGUGUCUUA